CCACCCGGAAGUUGAAUUUAGGACCAAUAAGCAAGUCGAUGCCAAGCUUCGCCUGAUCUUGCAAAUAAGUUUACGGUGUCAACACAAUAUAAUUGUAUAUGUCAGCAUUUGUAGGUCAAUUAUAAAGCAUAAAUAUGUCCGCACGCGGUGCAAAGAAGAAAAAGAUAACAUCGCAAUCUGCGAAAGCAGGUGUUUUGUUUCCAGUUGCAAGGAUGCGCCGGUACCUGAAGGGAGUGACACAUCAUUUCCGUAUCGGUUCUGGAGCUCCAGUCUAUUUGGCAGCAGUCAUAGAGUAUCUAACUGCUGAGAUAUUAGAGUUGGCAGGAAAUGCAGCUAGAGAUAAUAAAAGGGCUCGUGUAACUCCUCGACAUAUUCUUCUAGCAGUGGCUAAUGAUGAAGAAUUAAAUAGGUUACUGAAGGGUGUAACAAUUUCAAGUGGAGGUGUGUUACCUCAUAUUCAUCCAGAAUUGUUGACAAGAAGAAAAGGACCAAAGUUCCAGAAUGUUCUACCUAAACCUGUGGCAGCAACCCCAACAAAAACUAAAGCAAAAGCUAAAGCAUCAGCUACUCCACCAUCACCUCCUGCUGCUAAAGGCAAAGCAGGGAAAGCAACUAAAGCACCUAAACCAGCAAAGGGCUUUGCACCAUCAGCUGAAGCAGUAGCCGCAACAUCAGCAGGCGGAUUUACUAUUCUCUCAGAGAAAAAACUCUUCUUGGGACAAAAGAUGACCGUCAUCCAAGGUGAUUUAGUUAAAAUAGCAGCUGAUGUAAUUGUACAUCCAACCAGUUCUUCAUUUUAUAUGGGUGGAGAAGUAGGAUCCGCAAUAGAGAAGGCAGGAGGAAAAGAAUUCAGAAAAGAAGUAGAUGAGUUGUACAAAUCUCAUGGUGCACUAGAUACUGCUGGUGCUGCUAUAUGCCCAGGUCACAACUUCCCAGCCAAGUUUGUAAUACAUAGUCAUGGACCCACAUGGAAAACUGACAAUGCCCAACAACUAUUAGAAAAGACAAUACAUAAUGCUUUUAAAUUAGCGGAUGAAAAGAAUUUGAAAAGUAUCGCUUUCCCUUCUGUCGGCAGUGGACGUGCUGGAUUUCCCAAGCAGACGGCAGCACAGAUCAUAUUAAGAGCAAUCAACAACUACUUCGUAUCAGUCAUGGGCAGCUCCAUAAAACAGGUGUAUUUUUGUCUCUAUGAUUCAGAGAGUGUAGCUAUUUAUACCAGUGAAUUAGCUAAGCUUGAUUCGUAGACUGAUGGGCAAGGUCAUCCAAGGAGAAAUAGGUGUAAUAGAUGUUUAUAGAAAUGUUUUUGAAUGUUGUUUUAAUGGAAAGAAUUGUUUCAUUGUUGAUUGUUCAACAGAAAUAUGUUUAUAAGAGUUGUACUACUAUAGAAUUCCAGGUCAAAGUUUGGAUGUGUUUACAAAUUAUGCACUAGUGUUGAUUUUUGUCUUAAAUAUCAUGUCUUCUAGGUCAGAAUUAAUGGACAAAAGGAAAAGAUAACAAUUGUUAUUUCUGAAUGAGGAUUUUAUAAGGUCUUUGAAAUGGACCACACGUUCAUUCAUAUUAAAAGUUUUCCAGACCACAAAAUCAUUCAUAAAAAUGUUUCCCAUUAAUGCUGGGCUACUCAUUAAAAAAUCUUCAUUGAUUUAGUUACUUCAUGAUAUGAAACAAUAUCAUAUGUAUUAUAAAAUGAUCCUUUCAGAUACCAUUAAAUUUUAGAUGGGUUCUAGAAAACAGUAGUGUAUACUCCUAGUGUAAGGGUGAUCUUUCUUGGGUACUUUAUAAUGUUUUAGUGGAACAAUCCUGAAUUUUAAUUUGAUUAAGUUGUUUAUUUGUUGUAGAUUUUAAUAGUGUUGUUAAUAUUACUUCUGUGAUGAUGGUUAAGUUUGACUAUACCAUGAAAAUUUUAGGGAUUGUCUCAAAAUUUUUCAUCUUAUUUCUUAACAAAUUUAAUCAAUAAUAGAAACUUUAGAAACUUUUAUAAAAAAAGAAGUUUAAGAAAAUUUUGUUGUUGUAAGCAAGAUUUAACCAAUAAAGUGGAAGACAUUAAAAACCUGUCAUGUGUAUGUGAAACCAUAUAAAUGGAAAUUAUAGGUGAUACUAACCAGCAAUAUGUUGUAUAGAAAUUUCUUGUAAACUUUUGAGACGACCCCUUACUGUUUAAAUUAUAAAGAUAGUUACAUAGUAACCUGUUUUUGUUUUUUUCUUCUUAAGAAUUGAAUUUUUAUACAAUUGUUAAUUAUUUAAACAAAUUUGUACUCAUUACAAGUUUAGCUGAGCUAACAUAGAAAUUUUAUUUAUACAAAGUUUUUGUUGUUGUCCUUUUUCAUUAACUAUAUACAAUAAGACAAAGUUUUUGUGUGUUCCACUUAAACUGAGAAGUUUAAAAAUAACUUUGGUAAUCAGUCAAAUCAUGUUGAAAUUUUCCUUUUUUUAUGGGAUAUGAUUUGUUUUGUAUGUGACAUAACUUUAACCAAUUAUCAUGAUGUUAUUAUGUAAGUGAUGGGACAU